AUGUCUGACCCAAAGAACCCCAACAUCAAGACCAGAGACACCCCGCAAUGGGGUCUCUACCAAAGAGAACUGUUGUGGAAGGAUAAUACGGGGGAAGUCCCUCCUUUCAGUACUGACCCAGGAGAUCUCGAGGACCUGGCGAAGAAGAGCUUGACAAUUGGUGGAUGGUACUACGCAUCCUCCAAUGCUGGGCAAUCAUACACCCACCUCGCAAACCGUCAGGCCUUCUAUCGGCACCGCAUCGUGCCACGCAUGCUCGUUGAUACCAACAAACGGGACACCAAAACCGAGAUCUUUGGCCAUAAAGUCAGCGCUCCUAUCGGCUUUGCGCCCAUUGGCAUAAACAAGAUCUACAAUCCUCUCGGGGAGUUGCCCGUUGCCAAGGUCGCCGAGGAAUUGAACCUGCCAUAUUGCCUCUCAACAGCUGGGUCGACUCCCAUUGAAGACGUAGGCAAGGCAAAUGGCGAUGGUCCCCGAUUCUUCCAACUCUACAUGCCACAUGAUGACGAAUUGACCCUCUCGCUGCUGCAGCGAGCGCACGAUUCAGGUUUCACCGCCUGCAUCCUCACGCUCGAUACAUGGCAGCUUGCGUGGCGACACCAUGACGAGGCUCACUCCAACUAUGCCUUCUACCAUGGUAUUGGUGCCGAUCUCGGAUUGUCUGACCCGGUUUUCCAGAAGAGGUUGAAAAAAGCGGGCAUUGAUCCGAAGACACAGCCUAAUGAGGCGGGGGCUAUGUGGAUCGAUAAUGUGUGGCAUGGCCGAGCCUGGAGCUGGGAGAAAAUGCCCUGGUUAAUAGAGAACUGGAAGCGCAUUAGUGGAGGAAAACCAUUCUGCGUCAAGGGCAUCCAGCAUGUUGCUGAUGCGCAGAAGGCCGUGGAUAUGGGUAUCGAUGGGAUUGUUGUUAGUAACCAUGCUGGGAGACAGGUAGAUGGUGCUAUUGCGAGUUUAGACGCAUUGGAGAAGAUCGUUGAAGCCGUUGGCGAUAAGAUCUACAUCAUGUUCGACUCCGGCGUUCGCGGCGCUGCGGACGUCUUCAAGGCCCUCGCCCUGGGCGCCAAAUUCGUGUUCGUGGGCCGACUGUGGGUCUUCGCUCUCAGCAUCAAGGGCGAGCUUGGGGUGAGACACGUCAUGAAGAGCUUACUCGCGGAUUUCGAUAUCUUGAUGAACGUUGCUGGAUACCAGAGCGUAGACCAGAUCAACCGGAACAGUAUUGACAGUCUUCCGAACUCGUCCUCGCUGAUUGCGGAGAGAUCGAAGCUGUGA